CUUCCUUGUUUGAUGACGGUCGGUCGGGUCAGUUCUCGUCCAUCGCUUGAGUCGCGUAGGAGUUUUCAUUGUGAUUUGUGUGUUCGCCGCGUCGUAACCGGAUUUUUAUUUUUUUCUCAUUCCGAGGUGAGAAGAAAUCGAAAUGUGAUCAUUAUUGCAGCAGAAAUAAUGAAGAGAUUUACAUUUUAUAAACAGCUUUUCGUAAUUGAAAACAAUGUGUGCUUUAUUCGUGGUGAUCAAAGGUGCUAAUUUCUAGAAAUUAAAAUUCUUGGAAUGUUUUUUUUCCUUAAAAGUGGUGACAUUCAACAGCAUAAGCCUGCUUUGUGAGUGAAGAAUUCGAACUCGGUAUAGGAAAGUGAUGCAUUUUGCUUGACAAAAGGUCGUAAGGAAUAAUUUCGCAAUCUUUCCGAGUACAAAUGCAUCUGCCGUGAUGUUUUUCCGCGGAGGUCUCAGCAUCCGGCGCAAUAUUUACUCCAAGCUGAUUCUUGUGCUGAUUCUUGCCUUGUUUGUGCUGUUCUACUUCAAAAAUCUGAAUGGAAGCAGUAGCCCCAACAGCAUUCCAAUUGCGAACGGGUUGGUGGGGUCGCUGAAUAAAGGGAAUCUACUGGUGGCAGUAGGAACCGGUGGGCAGGAUCAGUUUUUCGAGCAACUAGUGCUAGCUGACCUUGCCAAACAGGAACGUGGCCUUGGCGAUAAUGGCAAGGGAGUGGAGCUGAGCGGUGAAGCGAAAGAGAUAGGUGAGAAACAGUUGGCCACAAUCGCCCUGAACGAAGAAUUGAGCGAACAUCUCAGUUACAAUCGGACUCCUCCCGACGAACGGCAUCCGGCUUGCAAACGGAAAACGUACGACGUAACCAAUCUGCCUUCAACGAGUGUUAUUGUUAUAUUCUACAAUGAACCAUACUCUGUUCUGGUUCGAACGGUGCAUAGUGUGUUGAACACGGCCGAUGCACGGCUUUUACACGAAAUCAUUCUUGUGGAUGAUGGCAGUACCAACGAAGAGCUAAGUGGGAAACUGGAUUACUAUGUGCGAACGCGACUGCCUUCGAAGGUGAAGGUUCUACGGCAAAGAAACAGAGUAGGACUAAUUCGGGCUCGGCUGGCCGGAGCACGCUUCGCCAAGGCAGACGUGCUGGUGUUUUUGGACGCGCACUGCGAGUGUAUGACACAGUGGCUGGAACCACUGUUGGAGCGCAUCAAGGAAUCCAGAACUAGCGUGUUGGUUCCGAUCAUCGAUGUUAUAGAAGCAAAAAAUUUCUACUACAGUACAAACGGAGUAACUGACUUUCAGAUUGGAGGCUUCACCUGGGAUGGUCACUUUGAUUGGCAUGAUGUGACAAAACGAGAAAAGGAACGACAAAAGCUAGAGUGUUCCGAGAAGGAUCUUGCAAUUUGUCCUACUUUCAGUCCAACAAUGGCAGGGGGAUUGUUUGCCAUAUCGCGAGACUACUUCUGGGAGAUUGGAAGUUACGAUGAGCAGAUGGAUGGAUGGGGUGGAGAAAAUUUGGAAAUGUCCUUCCGAGUGUGGCAGUGUGGCGGUACGCUGGAAACGAUACCUUGCUCGCGAAUUGGGCACAUCUUCAGAGAUUUUCACCCUUACUCAUUUCCGAAUGAUCGUGAUACUCAUGGGAUCAACACAGUUCGAAUGGCUGUUGUCUGGAUGGAUGAUUACAUAGACUUGCUGUUUCUGAACAGGCCGGACUUAAAGGACCACCCCGAGGUAGGAGAUGUAACCCAUCGAAGAGUGUUGCGCGAAAAACUCCGCUGCAAGAGUUUCGACUGGUACAUGAAGAACGUGUACCCGGAAAAGUUUAUUCCUACAAAAAAUGUUCUAGCUUAUGGUAGAGUGUCGUCGGCGGAAAAUCUUUGUCUCGAUACCCUCCAACAGAACGCCGACAAACCCUGGAACUUGGGCAUAUACACAUGCUUCCGUACAGAGGUAACUGCUUCACAGUUGAUGUCCCUAACGAAACGGGGCGUCCUUCGAACGGAACGCAGUUGUGCGACUGUUCAGGACAACAAAUCCGAUAACAGGUAUGUGGUAAUGAUUCCUUGUGUGGACGAUGAGGACAUUGAUGAUACGUGGCAGAUAACUGAGCAUCAGCAACUGAUGCACGUUCCGUCGGGACUGUGCUUGGAUAGUAGCGAUUUGUCCACGAAAAGUUAUGUCCACGUUACGCCCUGCCUAGCGAGGGUUCGUACACAAAAAUGGGAGUUUCAGCGUUAGUAUGCUCCAGAGUAGUCAGCCAGCGUAGUACACUAGGGGAGAGAUAAGCAUGGGUCUGUAUAUUUACGCUAUUUAACGAGCGGGACAAACAUUACCUCGCUUACAGAUCGUCUGUAAGCAAUUCUACUACAAGAUGUUUUAUGAUGAAGAGACACCGAUCCAGAGUAUAAUUAUGUGUAUGACGCAAUAUUCUAUAGUAGAAAGCUAGUUUAGCUAGGCAUUAGUUAGUAAAACAACGGAAACGUGAUUCUCAAAAAGAAUGAAAACAAAAAAGCGUGAAGGUACUUUCUCAGCAUUAGGUGGCAAGAUAACCUUCUUCAUUCCCUCCUCUUUAAAUGACGUGACAUAUUAUGGAAAUAAACAAAUAUAUGUAAAGUAAAUGAAAAUCGCGAAAAAGCGAAGCAAAUGUGAAUAAUGAAAUCGAGAGUGAACGAGAUAAUAACAACUAAUGUGAUAAUAGUGGCAAAGCGUAACAAACAUGUGCGAAAGCAGGGAAAAAAGUUGGUAAAUGUGUGAUUAUCGGAUAGAAUAUUGCCGUUAUGGUUCCAAUGUAAACUCCCCGUCAUUUUCACAGCUGCAAUCUCACGUCUGUUGACUUGCACGCUGUAAUCAGCAAUGAAGAAAAAAGCUUGUUGUGACUGAAUUAUUGGUCAUGCAUGUAGGCUUAAAUUUACUCACAACUUUUGACUUUUAUUGUGUAACUGUGCUAAUAGCAGAAAAGCAAUUCAGUGCUAUCCAGCGUCAACUGGUACUUUUUUAUUCGUACACAUAGCUGGGAUUGAUUAGUUUAUUCUCAUAGCGUUUGGUUUUGCAAAUUACAUCCCACAUCUUGAUUGCAUUUUAUUAUUUUGAAUCGUUAAAUUUAUCUGCGUCCAAGUUAAUUGACUAGAACUACAUUUAUUUUAAAAAGUUUCUGUUAUGUGCUUUCCAUACUGACAUGUCGUCAGCUAUCGCGCCAAUUUGAACAACAAUCCAGUAAUAUUGCAACAGAACGAUUGGUAUUUCAUGAGUGUGUCGUUUUGAUUAGGGAGUUGGCCAUUUGACAAAGUCAUUUGGCAUAAUGGACGUUUAACAUAAUUUUAACAUUUGGCAUAAUUUUGAGAAGUGAUCAUCCUGCAGGUCAUUUGACUUAACGCACAUCUGGCAUAAUUUUGAGAAGUGAUCAUUUAGCAGGUUAUUUGGCAUAACGGACAUUUGGUAUAAUUAUUUUUAGCUUCUGAAAAACGGUCAUUUGGCAUAACGGACAUUGGCCAUAAUUUUGCUAAGUGAUCUCACUGAAGGCCAUUCGGCAAACAGACGACUGCUCUAAAAAAGUAAUAAAUUUUUGAAAAUUUAAUCGGCCCACCCCUGAGUCGAUUGCUAUUCCCGCAGGAGUACUUGCACCAAAUUUAGCUCAUGUGUAAUGUGGUUUUGCCGCAUAACCGAGGCCGAAGCGAGGAGGCCGCCGAUGCGCUGAAGGAAGCCGACGGCCCCUCGCAAAAAAACUUGUGAUCCACUCGCUUGCCCGGAUUACUCAAACAUAGGGGCUUACACUAAUUCAUGUAAGUCCAAUGUAGCAACAGAGAUGUUGGACAACACGUGACUUGGAGUGAUAUGGCGUAAUCACAUUGGGCGUUAAUGUUAUUUAUUAAGUCGUGAAGAAGAAAAAACUAAUUUAUUUUGGACCGUCAGCAGUAGCACGGCUCAAAAUUAUGCUGCAACACCUUAUUUCGCGCAUAGUCUAAAACCAUGCUGGUUUCCCUGUAGAUAAACAAAUGGCAAAUGGCCAGUGUAAUACCUUCUCAAAAUUAUGCCAAAUAUCCGUUAUGCUAUGCCAAAUGACCCAAAUGACGUUGAUAACUCGACUUAGAGUUACUGGAUUGCGCUUACAUAAGUAUCAUCAUCUUUGCUACGUGCUAAAAAGCAGUACAGUUAAAUGUUUUGCCUGGAAAAUGUGAAAUUCUCGCGCUUGAGCGAAGCGAAAAGACGAGUACAACGUACCCUUAUUCAUCCUACCAUUUGAGCUAAUGCGUUGAAUAGGGAUAUCAGAUACUACUCUAACUAAUGUGUUCAAAUGGGUGAGAUGAAUAGAGAAGCUAAAAUGAAUUAGGGAGCAGUGACACUAUAUUUUUGUCGCUGCUAAUUUCUGUGAAUUUUUGAGCUAGCCAUGGUGUUCAAAGACUGAUUCAUUAUAGGUGUGCAUGUUUCCCGUGUUUACUAUCUUUUAGUUGUAUUGUAUGAUGCUCAUCGCUUCAAUUUCUUUUUUAUGAAAAAAUAAAAUGAAAAAUGAAAAUCGCUGCAUGUGAGAAUUAAAACGAGAUUGAAUAUUCGGACUGUCAUAGGAAAGCUACUUCUACUACUCGUUUUCGUAGAAUGGGGAGAUGAGGGGACUUUGUAGAAAUGACGACGAUGAAUCCUCUGAGUUUUAUCGCUCAUUGAAUAGAUAUAAGGAUUUUACACUCGGACGGCAAUACUUCCACCGAUCGUCCCAAACCGCAAUGUACUUAUGAAAACAGAACCAACCGAAAAAAGUUGCCAACACUAAAACACUAGAUAGUUAAGUGUUCAAAAAUAACUCAACACUUUUUUGAAAAGGGUUAUACUAGCAGUACAUAUUUUCGGAUUUGGUUUUACGCCCAUUUUUAAAAAAAAUCCAGAUUGAAUGCAUCAUUGAUCGAUGUACGCUCCAUAUCAUGUUCGAAAUUAUAUUGUGUAUUUCACAUCAAAUUAGACUAUCGCAGAAAUGUGCACCCUCCAAGGUGGUCUAAAAGUGCACGUUCACGUUGGAUCGCUUGUAAAUCUCUGGUGCAUUUUUUAUAAACCAAGAAAUGUCGAAAAUUGUGAAAAGAUCCGACGCGAAGGUGAACUUUAUUGCACUCUCGAGGAACUUGCACAGUUGUGUGGUAGUUCAAUUUGGUGUGAAAUACAAAAUAAAUUCUUUUUGCAGUAUAAAUCGUGUUACCUUUUUCGUGAUCGUUUUCUUAUUUUUUCACGUAUCACAAUCGAAGUAAUCGCUCCAAUGUUUUUCUUGCGAAAAUCCCGUUUUACGCGAUCGAUGCACACCGGGUUUUCUCCAAAUCUAUUAUUGUUAUUUCUUAUAACUAAUAACAGCUUGAAUAACAUUAGUAAUUGUUACUGCUAGAGAAAAAAAUGCAAUGGGUUUUCUUGUGGCAAAAUGACAGAUAUAUGAAAAAAAGAAAAGAAUAAACUGUUUCGCGCGUUGGGUUGGCAUUUUUUACAAUUAACCUAGCAAAACGAUAGAGAUCAAGGUGGUUAAAUGCAAAGUGUAGCCCCAUUAAUUCAAUUUUUUGUAAUUAUUUUUAUCAGUUUUCCUACAAAAAGUGAAAAAGGCCUUUACCAUAAUAACCCAAUUGCGUAGAAUCAAAAUGAGUACGAUAUGUUGUUUUGCUUACGGCGAAACUUAAUCAGGUUGUUACCCCUAAAGACGCUGAAUUACUGAAUAAAGACUCACCACCUUAUCCCAACUAAAUAAAAUGGUUUGGCAACAUUAUUUUCUGAAAACUAGCACCACUGUCACAGCGUUAACUUCAGUUGACUCGUAUACUACAGUCAAUGUACUGGAUACUGAGGUGUGGCAAUGCUGUAUUGCUUUCUCGCUCAGUUUCUGUAAAUUUAUUACGUAAUAAAGUUCAACUUCAUAUAUUUUCCAUAUAUCUGCUCUUCACGUGCUUUAAAGAGAUCGAGCGAGAGAGCAAUAGCAUUGCCACACAUUAGUAUCAACCACAUUGCACUACAGUUACCGCAGAGUGACAAGACGGACUAACAGACAUAACACUCAAAAACAAACCAUCGCCCGCUUUGACGGCCAAAUAUAUAUCUAGUUGGAACUGUGGCCACAUUUGAAAUUAUGGCGCCACUGACAUAUGAACAAGCAUAUGGAGGAUAGACCACAAGUGAAAUUUUUUUCCCAAACCUAGGGGUAACCCAACAGUAAAUGAGUGUUUGGGACUGUGAACAAAAGGUGGAGCUAGUGUUCUGGGAAAAUUGUCGGAUCGAUGUUUUUUGAGGGAAUUCCCUUAUAGCGUUAUGUCUGUUAGUCUGUGAUGGCAACGUCGAUAAUUUUUUCAUCAUGAAUUGCUGUGUGAAGUUUUGGGUGUCUGUGGUUUACCAGAAAAUUACAACAUUACGGAUAGCUGCAAUGGUUGAAGCCAUUUUUGGAAGGCACCGUAAUGAUAAGUUAUAUGUUUUACCUUGCCUUAGAGAUUCGAUUCAGAAAUUUAUUCAAAAUAUUUUAACACACUAUCACAAUACUUUCCAAAAUUCAUUCAUCAGAUUGCAACAUUUGACAAGUCUUCUGCUCGAUUAGAAUGACACUGACAGAUAAAUGGUAAACAAACGAUAGACGUGUCGAGUCUUUAUCUAGAGGGAUUCAGCGUCAUUAGUUACCCCGACUGCCUACAAAAUGUGCGCACGCUUAUUUUUUUGGCCGAAUCUAAGCAUUUUUUGCAACUUUUAUCGAGAUUUGAACAGCACUCGGCAAAAUUAGUUUUUGUUGAGAUCUCAGUAAAAGUCUUAAUUCUUUGCUGAAACUCGGGAAAUAUUUCGCUGAAAAUCAGCAAACUAAUAACAUUUUUCCGAGAUAUCAGUAUAAACACGGCUGUACGGAAAAAUUGCCGAGCUCAACUAAGUGUGUGUACAUUGACAGCGGUUGAGGUUGGAACCUAACCCAGUUUGCAGGUCGAGUAAAACGACAUUAGUUUAUUGCGAUUCGAAACAUUCAUUUGUAGGUUUUGGACACUCUUCUUUAUGAACCGUGGUAAAUUUCGCCCAUUUAAAAAAAGUGUUGAACUGACUAAACCGAAUUAAUUUUAACUUCUGCUGUAUAUUACGUAUUAUUGUGUAUACUUAUCCGUAGUUUAUUGUUAUCAAAAGUGCCACAAAAUCGUAAGACAACUGGAACCAUCAUAAUUAGUAAAUAAGUUAGAACUCCUUUUUAAUUUUUUCUCUCCUCCCCUAACAACCUCACUUAGUGCUAUAUUAUCACACGGAACAUAAACAUCACCCGAAUAGUACUGGUCAAUAAUGCGUAACUUUUUAAAGUUAACUUUAAUUGCUCAAAAUUUCCUUUCUUGUUAGCUAGCAGAAAUACGUUUAGUCUAAUCAAAGUUUAUAACGUAACUAAAGAACCGAAUUGUUAGCCAAUACGUUAAUUUAACGGUCAGUAUACAAUACCACUUUCGAGUAAAGAUAUUUAAUUUUCCACCUGUCUUUAGUAUUAGGAACAACAUGUUUUGAACACAGGUAAUUUAAUCUCUGUCAACUAAAAUCUUUCCUACAACUAAAUUCUUCCUACACCAACAGACAGUCGGCCCUAUUCUGCGCGGCGUGUGACGUGAGACGACUAAUCUCACCUCACUCUACGUGACUUUUCUCACCCAAUUCUGAAGAUCCACUUCGGGUGACGUGAGACGCCCAUUUAACCGCAAUGGGGAAUCUCACCUCACCCGAGUCGACUCUCAGAAUCGGGUGAGAAAAGUCACAUAAUGUGAGGUGAGUUUAGCCGUCACACGCCGCGCAGAAUAAGGCCGAGUAUGAAUAAAAGAAAUGAUUAGGUGGGAAGACUUUUCACUUGCAUUUUGCGACAGAUAUUUUUUGCAAAACAGGUUGCGAUAGAUGACUACGAGAAAAAAAAAUCAGAUGAAGACUUUUACUACCACCACGGAAAGUGUAUAGGUAUUUUUAUUGAUGUGUUCGGAUCUAAUGGCAAAGCAAAUGAAAACGUGAAAACAUAUUUUUGUUAAUAAAUUUAUUUGUUUAUAACUUUA